GUGAUAUCGUCCUUUUAACUUAUUCGUGUCAAAUUUUUUCUAAAACAAAAAAUAUUUUUUUAAGGAUUAAAUCCCAUCUCUUGCGCUCCACGAAAAAUUGUCAUAUGUUACCAAAUCCACCCCUCCGCCGCCGGUACUGCCACUUGUUGACCAUUCCAACCCGCCACCUGUUCUGUAUCAGCUUCCCUCCUUCCUUCCUUCCACUCUCCUGAAUUUUUGGGAUGCCAUUCAAAUUCGUCAAAACCCUUUUAAAAUCUCAAUCCCAUCUCCAUCGUACUUAAAACCCGCUUUUUGCAAUCUAUUAUUGUUCAUGAUUCAUUCGAGUACUUGCGAAAAAUACAGACACUGAACCAGCUUCUUCUUCUUCUUUAAACUUCAACCAUCAUGCCUUGGUUCAGAAACCUGGUUCACCUUUCCAGUACAGCCUUCAAAUCCCAAUUAUCACACAAGCCUGCCGUAGCCGUUAACAAAUCGAUUCCCUCCCUAUUAAGCCACCAAUUGCUUUUGCAAUUCAGUAACACCGCCGCCACCGCCACCGCCGAAAAGGUGCCGGUUGAUAAUGGCGGUGGCACAAAAACUUCCACUCCGACGAGUUACGCUGGGCUUGGGCCGACAAAGGGUGAUCAGAAGCCGAGACUAGUUGUAUUGGGCUCUGGGUGGGCCGGUUGCAGGCUGAUCAAGGAUAUCGACACCAAUCUUUACGACGUCGUCUGCGUUUCGCCGAGGAACCACAUGGUUUUUACUCCUUUACUUGCUUCCACUUGUGUAGGCACAUUGGAGUUCCGGUCGGUUGCAGAGCCGAUCGGCCGGAUUCAACCCGCCAUUUCCCGGGAACCCGGUUCGUAUUACUUCCUCGCUAAUUCCACCGGCAUUGAUUUCGAAAAUCACGUGGUGAACUGCCAAACAGUGACCGAUGGAGUGGAUACUCUGCCGCCUUGGGACUUCAAAAUCUCAUAUGAUAAGCUGGUUAUUGCCUCUGGAGCAGAUGCAUCCACAUUUGGCAUCAAGGGUGUUAAAGAGCAUGCCAUUUUUCUGCGUGAGGUGCAUCAUGCUCAGGAAAUUCGCCGACGACUGCUCCUCAAUUUGAUGCUCUCCGAUGUGCCAGGGGUUAGUGAUGAAGAAAAACGCAGGCUCCUGCAUUGUGUUGUUGUUGGAGGUGGUCCUACUGGGGUGGAAUUCAGUGGUGAGCUUAGCGACUUUAUCCAGAGGGAUGUCCGUCAAAGAUAUGCUCAUGUCAAGGAUUACAUUCAUGUCACCCUGAUCGAGGCAAAUGAGAUUUUAUCUUCGUUUGAUGAUCGCCUUCGGGUAUAUGCAACGAAGCAGUUGAUUAAGUCAGGAGUUCGUCUGGUCCGUGGUGUUGUAAAAGAUGUUCAACCUGAAAAGAUAGUUCUUAGUGAUGGAACUGAUGUACCUUAUGGCUUGUUGGUCUGGUCUACCGGUGUUGGCCCAUCACCUUUUGUGAAGUCUUUGGAUAUUCCCAAAUCACCUGGGGGGAGGUCAGUUGCACUUCCUUUGUUAUCGCAACUCAAAACUAACAAAAGUUAAAGAUCUCUGCUUUCAGUUAAUAAUGUUUCCAAUACUUCUUGGAAUACUUCUUGGAUAUUCCUUUGCCGUUCUUCCAACUUAAAUGAUUCCUGGCAAUGUUGUUCUUUCACCAUCUCCAAGUGUGGACAUGCUGAAUAUGUAGUCAACGACCAAUUACUGCAAUGCUGCUCUUUAUAGUAUUCUUCAUGGCCUUGUUCAUCUCCUUUACUGUUUGUUUCUUGGGAUAUCCAACUUGUUUAAUUAAGCUUAUUCUAUCUACUUCAAAGUGGAAGGUUUUCAAGCACAUUUCAGUUCAAAUGCACCUUUUUUUAUUAAGAUAUUAUACUAGAUUAGUUCGUAAACUUCAACUUUUCAAAGUGGAAGACUUUGUCAACAUUUUACUUCUUUUCAGGAUUGGAGUGGAUGAGUGGCUACGCAUCCCCUCUGUGCCUGAUGUUUUCUCUAUUGGUGACUGCUGUGGGUUUCUGGAAAGUACAGGCAAACCAGUCCUUCCAGCUCUUGCUCAAGUAAGUUGGACUAUGCUCUUGUGAAGUUAUCUUGAACAAUGCUAAUAAAAUUGAUGAUUAUGAAGUUCUUAGGAAUGUUGUACUCCAUUAGACAAGAAAAUAGAACAAAUCGCAACUAUCCCCUUCUUAGAUUCACCAUUUUGCAAGCAGAUUAUUACCUCCACAUUUUAUUUUGUAGCAAUCAACUAUCAUUAUCAAUCCGUAGAUUUUACUAGCCCUAGCAGCCUAGAGCUGUUUUUCAAGGUCCUAUGUCUAUUCUAAACAAACUACGCUUCCAUUGUUUGAUCACGAAGGAAAUGCAUAACCAAUUAUGUGAUUUUUGUGUCUCAAAUGCGUAUUACUCUUUUAUGGACUAUGUUUGUAGUUUAAGUUCUGUUAGUGUUAUCGUUUGAGUCUAUGACUUCUCUAUUUUUAUUUGUCUCCCUUGGUCCAGGUAGCUGAGCGGCAGGGGAAAUAUUUAGCACAGGAACUGAAUAGAAUUGGUAGUGCUGGUGGUGGGCGUGCAAAUUCUUCAAAAGAUAUUGACCUUGGAGCUCCAUUCGUCUAUAAACAUCUGGGGAGUAUGGCUACCAUAGGCAGAUAUAAAGCCCUAGUGGACCUCAGGCAAACCAAGGUUAUUAUAAGCACUAAUUUAAUGGAUAUUCUUUCCCCCUCUUUCUACCUAAGGUGUUCAGAAUAGGGAAGAUGUCUGAGUUCAUUGUCAUGUGCAGGAAGCAAAAGGAAUAUCCAUGGCUGGAUUCACUAGCUGGUUUAUUUGGCGAUCUGCUUACCUUACCCGCGUCAUAAGCUGGAGGAACAGAUUUUAUGUAGCAAUCAACUGGUUGACAACAUUAGUUUUUGGCCGUGAUAUAAGUCGCAUCUGAGGUAAAUUUGAAAGAACCUGUGUACUGUCGCAUUGCAUACAUCUUUGUGUUUAUACUACCAUGCACCGUUUAAUGUAAUAUCAUUUAUUUUCAUUUCCCGUGUGGCACAUUCUGCUGACCAACAUAACAUUUAGUUUACAGUCUAAACAAAUUGAAAACACCAAUUUUUAGAUGAUUAUAUGAACUUCUAUGGACUUAAUUUAUCAACAGUGUAUUGGAUUAUCAGAGGUAUUACUGAUCUCAGAAGUCCAUUGUGUAAAUUUGCUUUGUUUUGUACCAGGAACAGGAAAAACUGGUAUGUUCAUCGAAGGAAAUCAAUUAAUGGUGCUACUGAAACCCUCUCCACUCCCUCCUCUUUCCUCGCCCACCAGUACGAAUUCAUUUGUAGCUACAACCUUGGCUUUCAUUUUUCUUGUAAGACAGGCAAGUAUGGGGUUGGUCAGUUUUUUUUUUUUUUUCGCUUUCCAGUGUAUCAAAUUGGAUCAUACAUGUGUUGCUACAACUACAACGCGCAGCUUAAUAUUUUGUAAAUUUCUGAUUGAUAAGGAGUAAUGAAAUCUAGAUUUCACAAUGUAUUUAACGAGUUAUUUCGGUAAUAAUAGAUCUGCGAGGCAGCCGAUGGAUUUAACUAGUCUUUAAGACAGAAAAUAGGUUUGUGAUGAUGCCCUUAGAUGUUAUGGCCGUCAAAUGUGCCCUAUAUUGAUGUGUAUUCAACAUUCCUCCACUAAACUUUGGUUUGAAAAUGAGGAAAUGAGUUUUUACAGUCUACUUAUUUGCCAACCAUGCUCAACAUGCAGAAAGGGGUUUCUCUUCGAGUAUUCAUUUCUUUUUGCUCACCGUUGUGCAUUUCUUUCGAGUACCUAGCCAAUCACACGGGGUGAGGCCUGUGGGAAAGGGGUGUAGUCUUUCCCAAUGUCCCUUCGGGUCUCUCAUGAGAUGCCUGUACUUAGUGCAAAUCAAUAAUAAUAACGGAGACCCCAAAUUGCAUGUAAACUCCAGAACUUAAGACGAAACGUUGGCAGAGCCAGCGACCAUACCUGUUUAGGAACUUCCGUUUCUGUAUGUUUGGACAAAAACAGGGGACCAUUUCUUAUUUUCUUUCAAGAUCUUGGAUCUGCGUCCUGUGAUUCUGGUAAUAAUUUUCCAUUUUUUGGUUGCAACAACACAAACGAAGUCAUAUUAUUGAAUAUUGAUGAUUAUAAUGUCG